AUGCAAACCACUCAAUUACAGACAACUUACCCUGGUCCAAUUAUCACAACAACUACUGACCAUACAGAUGUAUCCACAACUGAAGUAAUACAAAUGUCUAGUUAUAAAGCACAGAUAGUCACAUUAACAGUUGACAAGGCGUUACCAGUUGAUGAAGGUGACAGACUAGAGUUUACAUGUUCUUUAACAGGCUACCCGAAAGUGGUCCAGUAUAUCAAAACACAAGAUACUGGACCCAUAGUAUACUGGAUAACUAUUGGCGGACGAUGUGACCAGAUACUCUACAACAAGACUUUAUAUAACGCCACAUGUGACAAAUAUUAUUCUAGAUUUUAUCUAGAAAUUCGAAAUGUACCCCGGACUUUUAAUCAACACAAUAUCACAUGUGAAGCUCAGUAUGAUGUAACUACAGGAGAAACACAAAGUGUCACACAGAGUAUAACAUUAGAAGUAAAGCCAAAAAAUACAGAUGAAACAUCUACAGAAAGGCCACUCUCUCACAAUGAGUGUUUAGUAACGGGUAGAAAUAUCCUGAUAGGAUUUGUAGUGGUACUAGUAUUGACACAAAUUAUGGAAUGUGUAAUAGGUUUCAUCCUUUUUCGGAAAGGCAGAAUAGUGUUUACAAAACAAAGGUCGUAUGAAGACGUCAGACGGAACAACAUCGAAGGACAAACGUACAAUACAACGAACAAAGGAACAAAGGAACCAAACUUGGAACAGAUAUACGAUGAUGUUAAAUACUGAUAUGCAGAGAGAGAAAACAUAAACACAUCGUAAAACAUAAAUUGCUUACCUGCAGUAUCACAACAAAUUUGAAAAUAUAGAUUUCAUGCAGAAAUAUAUGAACUAAAAUUAUUAUGUUUCUCUCUUAUGAAAGGGAUAUCACAGUCAAAUUCUUGCAUAAAAUAUGUGUACAUCAAUAGUUUCCUUUUUACCUAUGUUCUCGUAUAUACUUUUUGUAGGCUGCAGGGAUAAUAAGUAUAAGACUCGCUAUUUUCAUUU